AUGGUCAAAGGAAGCGGCGGCGGCUCGCAGGCGGCAAGCACCGGCGGCGGCAGACCGAGCCGGAGUCGCAGGCGGCGGCAGGAGGGACCCAAGCGCAGGCGGCGGCGGGAGGGACCCAAGCGCAGGCGGCGGCAGGAGGGACCCAAGCGCAGGCGGCGGCAGGAGGGACCCAAGCGCAGGCGGCGGCAGGAGGGACCCAAGCGCAGGCGGCGGCGGCCCAAGGCAGAGGAGGGACCCAAGCGCAGGCGGCGGCAGGAGGGACCCAAGCGCAGGCGGCGGCAGGAGGGCCCAAGCGCAGGCGCAGGGAGGCAGGCGGCGGCAGGAGGGACCAAGCGCAGGCGGCGGCAGGAGGGACCCAAGCAGGCGCGGCAGGAGGGACCCAAGCGCAGGCGGCGGCAGGAGGGACCCAAGCGCAGCGCGGCGGCAGGAGGACCAAGGAGGAGGGACCCAAGCGCAGGCGGCGGCGGGAGGACCCAAGCGCAGGGCGGCGGCAGGAGCCAAUGCGCAGGCGGCGGCAGGAGGGACCCAAGCGCAGGCGGCGGCAGGAGGGACCCAAAGCGCAGGCGGCGCAGGAGGGACCAACCGCAGGCGGCGGCAGGAGGACCCAAGCGCAGCGGCGGCAGGAGGACCCAAGCGCAGGCGGCGGCGGGAGGGACCCAAGCGCAGGCGGCGGCGGAGGGACCAAGCGCAGGCGGCGGGGGAGGGACCCAAGCGCAGGCGGCGGCAGGAGGGACCAAGCGCAGGCGGCGGCAGGCAGGAGGGCGCAGGCGAGCCCAAGCGCAGGCGGCGGCAGGAGGACGAAGCGCAGGCGGCAGGGACCAAGCGAGGCGGCGGCGCAGGAGGGACCCAAGCGCAGGCGGACCCAAGCGUAGGGACCAAGCGAGCCCAAGCGCAGGCGGCGGCAGGAGGGACCCAAGCGUGUGA